AUGAUAACUGCAACAGGCGGGACUUCGGUUCGAAUUCCAUGGUCCACCGUUGAACAGCUUCCAUCUGUAACAAUUGUACGGGUUUUAUGGCUCGCGAAUCCGAAUGUUUUCACAAGCAGGCACACGCUGGAUGGGCAAUGGCGAGUAGUAGAUGAAGUGUAUGGUGCUGCUGUCAAAAGUAUGCCUGUGAAGUCCUCAGAAUCGAACGUUAAUUCUGAAAAGCUACAACUGCCUGGAAGAAGUGCUGAUUUUGACGGAUUUUACGUCAGUUUUCGUGUUGACGAAUCAGUCGACCAGGUCAGCUUGGAUUUGUCGAUUAAAGCGUAG